AUGGAGCCCAAGGACGUGGCUGGGCCUGAGAUUUCGGCUGGCCUCCGCUCCUCAUCUAGCGACUGCGAGCAAACCCCUGUCAAUUCAAAGACCAUUGACCGUACCCCUCCAGAUGGCGGCACAAAAGCGUGGUUGUGUGUUGUCGGCUCGUUUCUUCUCCAGUUCUGCUCCUUUGGCUAUGUGAACGCGUGUGGAAUGUUCCAGCUCUACUACUCGGAGGCCCUGUUGAAGGAUGAGUCCUCUGCCAAUCUAGCCUGGAUUACCACCCUGCAGAUUUUCCUGCUGUUUAUGUUCGGGCCCGCCAUCGGCAAGCUCAUCGACGUUUAUGGCUGUCGCAAGCUUCUUCCCGUUUUCAGCAUCCUGGCAGUUUUUUCAGUUUGUAUGAUGAGUUUGUGCACCACAUACUGGCAAAUCAUCCUGGCUCAAGGGGUUGCUUUCGGAUUUGCUGCCUCUGGGUUGUGUCUCCCUGCCAUGGCACUGGCAACCCAGUGGUUUUCAACUAAGAAAGGUCUGGCGGUGGGCAUUGUAUCCUCGGGUAGCAGCUUAGGGGGUGUCAUUUACCCAUGCAUGCUUCCCCGUCUCAUUCAGGAGGUUGGCUUCGCAUCCGCGGUUCGCUGGACAGCCCUCAUGCAGGGAAUUUUGCUGCUAAUUGCUAACCUUCUCUGCUCAACGCCAUUUCCUCCCAAGGGCAAAGAAGAGUCUAGUGACGAUGCCCCCAAAAGCUCCGGUCUUCGCGGUUUCAAGAGUUGGCCGUGGGCUUUCUUCGUUCUGGGCUGCUUUUUCACCAUGUGGGGAUUGUUUGCACCUCUCAACUAUCUGCCCGAGAUGGCGGCCCUCCACGGUCUGGCCGACUUCGCUGAAUAUACGCUGGCUAUAGCCAACGCAGGUUCUCUGGUUGGUCGUAUCGUGCCUGGAUGGGCCAGUGAUCGUAUUGGACAAUUCAACAUGAUGGCCAUUGUCACCAGCCUGUCUGGUAUUCUAGUCCUUGCAUUCUGGCUGCCUCUUGAAUUCCAUGCCUCGAAGGCCGGUAUUAUUGUCUUUGCGCUGCUUUACGGCUUUGUCAGCGGUGGGUUCGUCAGUCUGGGUCCUCCCUGUGUUGUGGCUCUUGCUGGAGACAAGGUCGACGAAAUCGGUGUUAAGCUGGGUGGCUUUUGCUUAGCCAUCGCGCUAGGCGCCUUGACCGGACUUCCCAUUGAAGGAGCGAUCAAGGACCGCGAGCAAGACAAGUUCACUGGUCUUAUGGGUUUUGCGGGUGCUACCAUGAUCAUGGGAGGUAUACUGACAGGCACUGCUCGUGUUAUGAAGGGCGGUGCGCAAUUACGAAAGAAGAUUUGA